UCUGUGGCGUGAGGUCAAAGUUGGCCACUUUGAAUUCUGUCGUCAUACAAACUGAUUGAAAAGUUGAGCUAUUUGUGAUGUGUACAUCACACCGCGUGCCAGUGACAACUUGUCGAUUUCAGCAGAUUCGCCAUAAAAGAGCACUCAUAACUUCAGUGUGCAGUGUCCAAUCUCCAAUAACCUUCAUAUAUUCUGUAACAGUCUUGCCCUGAACACGUCCUCAUAACUUCAGCGUAUGUGGUCCAAUCUCAAUGAAACUUCACGUGUGUUACAACAGUCCCGCCCUGAACUUGUCUACAUGACACAGUAAUAGUGCCACCUACUGUCAACAGGAAGUAAGCGCUGUGUGGCAAUUUUGAGCUGAUUUACGUGAAACUUCAUGUUUUGGUCCGCACAUGUAACAAUGGCACGUGACGUGGCUGCAGCACGCCCCAAGUUGCGUGGAGUGCGAGGUCCCGCCCAACGCUGCUUGCAGCUUUAAUUAUUAUUAUUUUUCCUUUAAGGUGUUUGUCUAAUUUAUGAACGGAUCACACUUGGAGAUGAAAUCGUUUACAAUAACAUGUUGGAACAUUCAAGGUCUGAGAUCAUCAGCUUUUGGUUUAAAGAGCAGAAAUUCAGAUUUUAAUAGAGAGUUAAAAGACUCUGACAUAGUUUUACAGGAGACAUGGUGCAGAGAAGAUGUUUCCACUGGUUGUCCUCACGGCUACACUGAGAUUAUUAUACCAUCAACAAAACAUCCCACAAUAACCCAAGGCAGAGAUUCAGGAGGCAUGAUUAUAUGGUGUAAAUCAGAACUGAGCCAGUCCAUCACAGUUAUUAAAAAAGAAGAAUCUUAUAUAUGGUUGAAAAUUAACAAAAAGAUUAUUUGUGCUGAGCAACAUGUCUACAUGUGUGCCAUCUAUAUACCUCCAUCAGAAUCCCCCUACUACAACCCAGAUAUUUACUCUAUUCUUGAGGAGGAAAUUAACCAUUAUAAAACCAUGGGAAAUGUAUUACUCUGUGGGGACUUGAACGCUCGAACAGGGGAAAGAGCUGACACUAUGAACACCCAGGGAGACAAACACUUACCUGGAAGCACCUGCUUCCCCCUCCCUGAAUGUCCCACUAGAAAGAGCUUUGACAAGCUUACUAAUACAAGCGGUAUGCAGCUUUUACAGCUCUGCCGUACACUGGGUCUGUACAUAGUCAACGGCAGGCUACGAGAGGACUCUCUGGGUCGCUACACUUACAGCUCAGCUCUUGGCAGUAGUACGGUAGAUUAUUUCAUUACAGAUCUAGAUCCAAUGUCUCUCAGAGCUUUAAAAGUCAACCCCCUCACACCCCUCUCUGACCACAGCAAAAUCACAAUCUAUCUGAAAAGGGCCCAGUCUAACUCUGGAGCCCCUAGUGCCUAUGAACUGUUUAACAGCACAUACUCAUACAGAUGGACCCCUGACAGUAUGGGGGCGUACCAAAAGGCACUGGAAAAUCAAAACAUACAUGAUUUAACUCAUUUAUUUCUAACUGAAACAUUCCCCAUAAUAAUUCUGGUUUAAAUUCUGCUGUGGACAAAAUCAAUUAAAUUUUUCAUGGGCCCUGACAGUAAACACAGCAAAGACUAAGAUAAUGAUCUUUCAGAAACAAUACAGAAAUCAGGUUACACACAAUUUCUAUUUAGACACCACUAAAUUACAACAUACAAAAAACUACACUUACCUUGGCCUCAACAUUACAUACACAGGAAACCUCAACAUGGCUGUGAAAGAUCUGAGGGACAAAGCAAGGAGAGCUUUCUAUGCAAUAAAGAGAAACAUUAAAAUCUAUAUUCCAAUCCAAAUCUGGCUUAAAAUUUUCCAAUUUGUACUAGAACCAAUAACUCUGUAUGGCAGCGAAAUUUGGGGACCAAAACUAAAUAAUGAAUUUGACAAAUGGGACAAAACAAUCAUAGAAUCUUUCCACAGCGAGUUCUGUAAGAGCAUCCUGCAGGUGCAGAGAAAAACACCAAAUAAUCUGUGCAGAGCAGAGCUCGGUCAAUACCCCCUCCUACUAAAAAUACAGAAAAGAUCAAUUCAAUUUUACAAUCACUUAAAAUCAGUUAACCCCCAGACAUACCAUCACAAAGCCCUAACAUACCAGGAGCUGAAACCAGAGAAGAGUCCCCUCAGCCAGCUGGUCCUGAGGCUCUCUGCAGUAACAUGUCCCCAACAGCCUCAGGACAGCAACACCAACUCAAUCAGACCAAACCAAAUUAUCAACAAGCAAAAAGAAAAUAUAUUGAAUACUGGAAAGAAACGACCAAAACACAAAGUAAAUUACAAUGUUAUCUGACCUUAAAAAGAGAAUUCACACUGGCAAAUUCCCUCAGCACAAUAAAAUGUCCUAAACUAAGAACAAUGUUGACAAUGUACAGACUGAGUGAACACAGCCUGGCCAUAGAAACGGGUCGCCACAGACAGAACUGGCUACCAGAAGAGGAGAGACUCUGCUCCCAGUGUGACAGAGGACAGGUAGAGACAGAGCUGCACUUUCUAACCUCAUGCCCUAAAUUCAAAACUUUAAGAGAAAAACAAUUCGCAAACAUUUCCCAAAUAUACCCCGAAUUCGAAUUAUUCGAGUAACUGAUGUUCAUUAGUAACCGAUGUUCAUUCAGUAACCGAUGUUCAUUCAGUAACCGAUGUUCAUUCAGUAACCGAUGUUCAUUAGUAACCGAUGUUCAUUCAGUAACCGAUGUUCAUUAGUAACCGAUGUUCAUUCAGUAACCGAUGUUCAUUAGUAACCGAUGUUCAUUAGUAACCGAUGUUCAUUCAGUAACCGAUGUUCAUUAGUAACCGAUGUUCAUUCAGUAACCGAUGUUCAUUAGUAACCGAUGUUCAUUAGUAACCGAUGUUCAUUAGUAACCGAUGUUCAUUCAUAACCGAUGUUCAUUCAGUAACUGAUGUUCAUUCAGUAACCGAUGUUCAUUCAGUAACCGAUGUUCAUUAGUAACCGAUGUUCAUUAGUAACCGAUGUUCAUUCAGUAACCGAUGUUCAUUCAGUAACUGAUGUUCAUUAGUAACUGAUGUUCAUUAGUAACUGAUACAAACCGUUGGGUGACGUUACGAUAGGUUGACACUUGGACUGUACCUGCUGCUGUUAGCCAGUUAGCAGCGCAGCAGUAAACCGGUUGUUUCGACCUCCUCAAACUGACCUCGGUGUCUC